AGUGCUCUGAAAAUGUAGGUAAAAGAAAAUGCUUUUUAGCCUCGAAUAUUGACUCUCCCUUAAACCCUCUUUGUUUAGGGUUUUAUGGCGCAUCGACGAAGAACUGAAAUUACAUGGAAAGGUUCUGUCGAUCUUCAUCUCGUCGGACCCUCGAUCUUACUCUUUAUCCGCGUUUGAUUGAACACUGAAAGCCCCAUAAUCCUGAAAGUUGUCAAGGUACGCCAACGAUUCUCUUCCGAAAAAAUUUCAGAAAUUUCUAGCUGUGCUUUAAUGGGUUUGGUCCCGAAGCUCGAAAUCGCGAUUGACCCAGACAACUUGUUGAGAUAGAAGUUGUGUUUACAGCUAUUCUUUAACUUAUUAUAUUGGUAUUUGUUCGAUUUUGGCGUUCGGUGUAAUGUUCUGCGGUCUCUGUUCUUCCUCACCGUCUCGUUUCGGCCUCUUGCCAUGCCAAUUCUUCGAUCGCACGAACGGGUAUUGAAAUUUUCUAAAAUGAUUGCGCAACUCAAUCACUUGCUUCUCUUUGCGCCGGUUGUCUCUGAAAAAGUUGUUACUUAUAACCCCUCUUUUGUUAGCUUCAAAUCUCGAUUCUUCUGCAAUUGUGGGAUUGAUUUUCAACCCAAAGCGUCUCUCGUUGAAUCAGUGCAAUCACCCAAUACAAGUGGCCGAGUGUCUCGGAUUGCUAGGACAGAGGCUCAAGAUGUGUUAUUUGACUAUCUGCAUUGUACUAGGAGCCUCAGCUUUACCGAUGCUGAACACAUAAGCAAGAAUUCGCCACAUUUUCUUCAAAAUUUGAUCUUGAAACUUGAUGGCGAAAAAGACGUAGCUCGGUCUCUCACCAAGUAUCUUAGAUACAACCCCAUCAAUGAAUUUGAGCCAUUCUUUGAAAGCUUGGGACUGCCCCCAUCAGAGCUCCCCCUGUUCCUUCCAAGACACUUGAUGUUUUUGAGUGAUGACCAUCUUAUGCUUGAAAACUUUCAUGUUUUAUGCAAUUACGGGAUCCCGCGUAGCAAGAUGGGUAAAAUGUACAAGGAAGCAAAAGAGAUAUUUGAUUAUGAUUAUGGCCUUUUAGCCUCUAAACUUAGAGCUUAUGAGAACUUAGGUCUUGGAAAGGGCACGGUUAUUAAGCUUGUUAGUUGCUGCCCAUCGCUUCUGAYCGGUCGUAUCAGCAUGGAGUUUUUCAAGGUUCUUGAGAAGCUAAGUAGAUUAGGUAUUGGAAAAGAUUGGAUUGGAGGAUAUAUAUCUUGUAGAAAUACUUAUAACUGGAAUAGAAUGCUUAACACAAUGGAUUUUCUAGCUAAAGUAGGUUAUACCGAGAUACAGAUGCACAAUUUGUUUGAAUCAAAUCCCUCAUUGCUGCUUGAAGAUUCUGGGAAGAAAGUGUACGUAUUGUUUGGUCGUUUAGUCAAGUUGGGUCUUAAGAUGGAUGAAGCGUAUUCGAUGUUUAUACAACAUCCCGAAAUUUUGUCAGGAAAGUUUGUUAAAAAUAUUCUUAGAGCAAUAGAUUUUCUCUUUGAUGUUGGGUUGGGAACAGAGGAUAUUACAAGUAUAGUAUCUCACCACAUUCUGCUACUGGGUUCGUGCACUCUGAAGGGUCCGAGAACCGUCUGUAAAGAACUAAAAGUCGGGAAAGAGAGUUUAUGUYGGAUCAUAAGAGACGACCCGUCGAAGCUGUUCACAUUGGCCUCCAAAUCGAAGCUUAAAAGCAGCRAACAGGACUCUUGCCCAGAUCCAACCAAACGCUUGGAGAAGACUACAUUUCUGCUGAAGUUGGGGUACCUCGAGAACUCAGACGAGAUGGCGAAAGCACUGAAACGGUUCCGGGGUCGUGGAGAUCAACUACAGGAGAGAUUCGAUUGCCUGGUAAAAGCCGGGUUGGACUGUAAUGUUGUGACAAACAUAAUCAGACAAGCUCCCAUGGUUCUAAACCAGAGCAAAGAUGUGAUCCAAGAGAAGAUUGAUUGCUUAAGGAACUGUUUAGGGUACCCUUUGGAUACAAUAGUGGCAUUCCCAGCUUAUUUAUGUUACAACAUGGAGAGAAUCAACACAAGAUUCUCCAUGUAUAGGUGGUUGAGGGAUAAGGGCUCUGCAAAGCCCAACUUAUCAUUGAGCAGUGUCUUAGUUUGUUCUGAUGCAAGAUUUGUUAAGUAUUUUGUGGAUGUUCAUCCUGAAGGUCACACCAUGUGGGAAAUUUUUAAAAGACAUCGUAUCCAUAAUCAUAAUUGAGUCUUGCCAUCUUAAUUUUA